AUGUCAAAAGUCAGACAUUGUCAACAGAGACAUCAGGAGGUUAAAAGUCAGGUAGUGUCAAUAGAGACAUCAGGAGGUCAAAAGUCAGUGACAUCUGCCGUGUCCUGUGGAAGUGUCCAUAAUCACACUGGGUUCACAGACUUGGUGAAGAAGGAUCAGAAACUGGAAAACAAAGAAGCUCGUGGGUACGUGGUUCGAGACUCCUUGUACACGUUUCACUGUUGUGGUGUUAUCACAUCCUGGGAGAUAGUUGCCGGAUACACGGGAUCUAUAGAACUAAUGGUUUGGAAGUCAGCUGGGACGGACGACGAAAGACUUGUGGGGAAAAACGUCCGCAGUAUAGGAGAUAAAAAACUGACCAAUCACAGACAGAUACCCUUCUUUGAAGAUUAUAAAGGAGCGGCAUUCAACUUCAAAGCCACCUCCGUGAAUCCCCCGGGUGGAGAGGAACUGGGGGAGUUGCUUACGUUUAAUAUCCCGGAAGCGGAACAGAUUAUCGUGGAACCUGGUGACCGGAUUGGCUGGUAUUGCAGUAACUUCGAUAUCCUGGUGGCUUAUAGAAAAGGAGGACAGUCAAUAAAGAAUAAUUACUACAUGGAAGAUAUGACCAACACCAAUGUUGGGGAGACCGUCACAUUGUCGAAAAACGAUAAUGAUGCAACAUUCGGUAUAAAAGCUUAUACAGAACAAGGACGUGCUCCAACAUUCAGUGGUUUGCCGACUUCCGUCACAAUCGAUUCUGACCUUGCACAAGGGUCAACAAUCUACAUUCCAGUCGUUGACAAUCCGAAUUCUCUGGAUUCUUUCACCUUCUCUGAGACAGGUGUAGUGUCUACCUACUUCACAGUAAACAGCAUAACAGGGGUUGUGACAGUGAGUUUAUCCUCCACUCUCGUACCCGGUACGUAUACUGUUGACAUCACCGUGACGAAUACCUGUCUCUUCUCCACAACUGCUACACUCACAGUAAUAGUCCAAAAUAAGUCGCCUGUGAUACAAGGUCUACCCACGACAACCUCAAUUCACGAAGACACGACGGGGGAGACAACUCUCUAUGAAUUCCAGACAUCGGAUGCUGAAAGCGAUUCCGUCGCAUGUUCGCUUCCAAUAACCUCACCUUUUUAUAUAAAAAAAGAGACUGCAAGCCAUUUCGUGUGUUACAAGGGAAGCCCGGCCUUGUCUUACAGUACUCAAUCGUCAUACACGCUGUCUGUCCUGUGUACGGAUGGAUUCACAAACGUAUCAAGCACCGUAAAUAUCCUGGUAGUACAGAACCAGCCACCUGCCUUCACCAAUCUCCCAGGAGCUGUAACUGUUUCUGCAAAAAACACCGCGUCAUCAGUUUCUGUGUUCACCGUCACGGUUUCCGAUCCAGAUGAUAACUACACGAGCAUCAGUAUGACCUGUUCUUCAUGUCCUUUCACGUUGUACCCAGACGGCCGUGUUGUGACAAGUAAAAUCCUAAGGGAUGAGGCUGUGGCGUCAUUUGUACUGUCCAUUUCUCUAUCAGAUACCAAGGUUUCGGUAGGACCAGCACUUUUAACAGUCAUACUCACUGAUCACAAUUCUGCGCCGUCCUUUUCAAAUCUACCGACGACACUCUAUAUUCCGGAGACAACACCACUCGGAAGUAGCAUCUAUAAGCUUUCAUUUACUGACCCGGAUGUAAAUGAUACUCUAGGUGUCGCCACAGGUGCAAUACAACCUGUAUCUGGUGGCAGUCUAUUUGAAUUCAAUACAUCAGAUGGUUCUUUGUACGUAAGAUCCACAGCCACACUAGACUAUGAGUACCUCACAGUCAAAAACUACACCAUCAGUUACGUUGUUGAUGAUGGAAUUUCGUCAUCAACGUCUUCCGUUGAAAUCGUUGUACUAGACGAAAACGAGGCUCCGUCGUUUUCAUCUGCAACAUACUUUAUCUCAACAAAUGAAGAUAAUCCUGGAACUGCUCUGCCUUCUGCAUCCCUAAGUGUGAAUGACCCAGACGAUGGAGAUACGCACACUUACAGUAUUGACGGAGGAAUAGAUGCAGGUUACUUCAGUAUCAACAAAUCAACCGGUGAUAUCUCAUUUUCUGCCAUUUACGAUGUUUUACCGGGACAAAGUCCAAAAGUUACGGAACUCAUCGUCAAGGCAACCGAUAAUGGCGGACUUACGUGCACGACUACUGUGUCAGUUACUGUCUCCAACGUUAAUAAGCCUCCAACAUUUACAAAUAUUCCCAGUACCAUACAAAUUUCGGAGGAUAUCGCUGCCGGUUCAUCAAUCUACGCCAUAUCUACGAAUGAUCUCGACGGGGAUAUUGUACAGAUUCACAUGACGCCCGAUACCAUCAUGACGUCAUCUAUCAUCAUAUUCAAUUCUACACAAAAUGUGGUGUUCCUCGCCGACGGUUUCAGCCUUAAUUACGAGACUUGCUCCGUUCACAACCUGACCUUUGUGGCAUUUGAUGGAACAGACCAGUCCAUCCACUCAAUACUGACUAUUCAGGUUACGAACUCCAACGAACCUCCAGUCUUCUCGACAUCGUCUUAUCACGUCAGUGUACAAGAGGCACUGGCGGAUGAAGUUGUCUUUCGCGGGUCAUCAUUUACGGUUACAGACGAAGACACAAGCGACACGUUUACGUAUAGUAUAGAUGGUGGAACAGAGGCUUCCUUUUUUGCGAUCAACCAAUCUACGGGCAAUGUUUUAUUUGCUGCGGACUACGAUGUAUCCCCUUCUGAGAGUCCCAAAACGACAGAACUGAUAAUCAAGGCAACUGAUGCCGGAUAUCUAACCAGUACAACAACAUUAUUCGUCACAAUCACUAACGUUAACAAGCCACCGUACUUUUCAAACCUUCCUCAGAUUGUGACGAUUUCAGAGGAUAGUUCAACCGGAAGUACAAUUUACAUCACGUCCGCUGCUGACCCAGACCUUGACACUGUCCAGUUGUUCAUGACAACUGAUUCGUUGCUGACGUCAUCGAAAGUUACAUUUAAUAAUACUGGUGGGAUUUUGACGGUGAAUGCGCCUUUUGAUUACGAGACGUGCACAGUCCACAUUGUAACAUUUACAGCGUUCGAUGGGACUACUUAUUCGAACGCCGCCAACUUGACGAUACAUGUCACCAAUGCCAAUGAGAGUCCCGAAGUCGCACAGACGACGUAUUUCUUGUCAACAACAGAGGGAAAGAUAAAUGAAGAACUGACGCUUCCCGUUCCUUUAUUUCCUGUAAGUGACCCUGAUGGGGAUUUCCCUUUGACCUACAGCCUCGUUUCAAACAGCCACAGUCAAUAUUUUACAAUCAAUGCAACAUCUGGUGUGUUAUAUUACACUGUGGACUUCAUAUGUUCUCUUCUGUCACCGGAUGUAGCGGUGCUUGUCAUCAGAGUAUCGGACCCUAAUGGAGGAUAUAUAGACACAAAUAUUCAAAUAUCCAUCACUCAUACCAACACAAAGCCAACAGCUCUAAAUCUGCCGGCCAAUGUAACUUUCCCAGAAUCUUUUGCAAACGGCGGCUUCCUGUACACCGUGAAUCUAUAUGACCCGGAUGGCGAAUCGAUGAGCUGCAGAUUUCUUUAUUCCCCGUCUUCGGCCUUUUCAACAUUUGCAAUUACUCAGUACGGUUCGAGUCUGAAUGUUUCCCUGUCCGAGACGUUCGAUUACGAGGUUACCUCCCUUUAUACGAUUUACGUAAUCAUCAACGACGGAAUCGAGGACUCCGAUACGUAUGAAUUACGAAUUAUCAUCUCGGAUGUAAACGAACCGCCAUCUUUUUCUGAGAAUUUCUACGAUGUGACAACACAGGAAGAUAAGGCAGAUGAAGUUGUCUUUCCCGGGUCAUCAUUUACGGUUACAGACGAAGACACAGGCGACACGUUUACAUUAAGUAUAGAUGGUGGAACAGAGGCUUCUUCUUUUGCCAUUAACCAAUCUACGGGCAAUGUUUUAUUUGCUGCGGACUAUGAGGUUUCACCCUUUGAGAGUCCCAAAACGACAGAACUGAUAAUCAAGGCAACUGAUGCCGGAUAUUUAACCAGUACAACAACAUUAUUCGUCACAAUCACCAACGUUAACAAGCCACCGUACUUUUCAAACCUUCCUCAGAUUGUGACGAUUUCAGAGGAUAGUUCAACCGGAAGUACAAUUUACAUCACGUCCGCUGCUGACCCAGACCUUGACACUGUCCAGUUGUUCAUGACAACUGAUUCGUUGCUGACGUCAUCGAAAGUUACAUUUAAUAAUACUGGUGGGAUUUUGACGGUGAAUGCGCCUUUUGAUUACGAGACGUGCACAGUCCACAUUGUAACAUUUACAGCGUUCGAUGGGACUACUUAUUCGAACGCCGCCAACUUGACGAUACAUGUCACCAAUGCCAAUGAGAGUCCCGAAGUCGCACAGACGACGUAUUUCUUGUCAACAACAGAGGGAAAGAUAAAUGAAGAACUGACGCUUCCCGUUCCUUUAUUUCCUGUAAGUGACCCUGAUGGGGAUUUCCCUUUGACCUACAGCCUCGUUUCAAACAGCCACAGUCAAUAUUUUACAAUCAAUGCAACAUCUGGUGUGUUAUAUUACACUGUGGACUUCAUCUGUUCUCUUCUGUCACCGGAUGUAGCUGUGCUUGUCAUUAGAGUAUCGGACCCUAAUGGAGGAUACAUUGACACAAAUAUUCAAAUAUCCAUCACUCAUACCAACACAAAGCCAACAGCUCUAAAUCUGCCGGCCAAUGUAACUUUCCCAGAAUCUUUUGCAAACGGCGGCUUCCUGUACACCGUGAAUCUAUAUGACCCGGAUGGCGAAUCGAUGAGCUGCAGAUUUCUUUAUACCCCGUCUUCGGCCUUUUCAACAUUUGCAAUUACUCAGUACGGUUCGAGUCUGAAUGUUUCCCUGUCCGGGACGUUUGAUUACGAGGUUACCUCCCUUUAUACGAUUUACGUAAUCAUCAACGACGGAAUCGAGGACUCCGAUACGUAUGAAUUACGAAUUAUCAUCUCGGAUGUAAACGAACCGCCAUCUUUUUCUGAGAAUUUCUACAAUGUGACAACACAGGAAGAUAAGGCGGAUGGAGUGGUCUUUCCCGGGUCAUCAUUUACGGUUACAGAUGAAGACACAGGCGACACGUUUACAUUAAAUAUAGAUGGUGGAACAGAGACUUCUUCUUUUGCCAUUAACCAAUCUACGGGCAAUGUUUUAUUUGCUGCGGACUAUGAGGUUUCACCUUUUGAGAGUCCCAAAACGACAGAACUGAUAAUCAAGGCAACUGAUGCCGGAUAUCUAACCAGUACAACAACAUUAUUCGUCACAAUCACCAACGUUAACAAGCCACCGUACUUUUCAAACCUUCCUCAGAUUGUGACUAUUUCAGAGGAUAGUUCAACCGGAAGUAGAAUUUACAUCACGUCCGCUGCUGACCCAGACCUUGACACUGUCCAGUUGUUCAUGACAACUGAUUCGUUGCUGACGUCAUCGAAAGUUACAUUUAAUAAUACUGGUGGGAUUUUGACGGUGAAUGCGCCUUUUGAUUACGAGACAUGCACAGUCCACAUUGUAACAUUUACAGCGUUCGAUGGGACUACUUAUUCGAACGCCGCCAACUUGACAAUACAUGUCACCAAUGCCAAUGAGAGUCCCGAAGUCGCACAGACGACGUAUUUCUUGUCAACAACAGAGGGAAAGAUAAAUGAAGAACUGACGCUUCCCGUUCCUUUAUUUCCUGUAAGUGACCCUGAUGGGGAUUUCCCUUUGACCUACAGCCUCGUUUCAAACAGCCACAGUCAAUAUUUUACAAUCAAUGCAACAUCUGGUGUGUUAUAUUACACUGUGGACUUCAUAUGUUCUCUUCUGUCACCGGAUGUAGCUGUGCUUGUCAUUAGAGUAUCGGACCCUAAUGGAGGAUACAUUGACACAAAUAUUCAAAUAUCCAUCACUCAUACCAACACAAAGCCAACAGCUCUAAAUCUACCGGCCAAUGUAACCUUCCCAGAAUCUUUUGCAAACAGCGGCUUCCUGUACACCGUGAAUCUAUAUGACCCGGAUGGCGAAUCGAUGAGCUGCAGAUUUCUUUAUUCCCCGUCUUCGGCCUUUUCAACAUUUGCAAUUACUCAGUACGGUUCAAGUCUGAAUGUUUCCCUGUCCGAGACGUUCGAUUACGAGGUUACCUCCCUUUAUACGAUUUACGUAAUCAUUAACGACGGAAUCGAAGACUCCGAUACGUAUGAAUUACGAAUUAUCAUCUCGGAUGUAAACGAACCGCCAUCUUUUUCUGAGAAUUUCUACGAAGUGACAACACAGGAAGAUGAGAAUGGCACUUUGAUCUCCAAUGUCAUCAAUUUCGCCGAUGAAGAUUCAGGAGACAUCCUUUCAGUCUCGAUAAAAGAUGGCAACGGGCAUGGGAGAUUCUAUCUGGACGGAUCUGCAAGGCUUUUCUUUCAUGUUGAUUAUGACGUUGAUGAUACAUCAUUUCCGGAAAUUGUGAAUUUGACCUUGGAGGCAAAAGACUUGGGGAUGCUUUCAGCCACAACAUUAGUGAGAGUAACAAUUUCUGACGUCAAUGACAAUGCACCUUUAUUUGGGACAACUCAAUAUGUCCAUUCUACGCCGAACUCGACCGUUGGAUCAACAGUACUAACAGUGAGUGCAACAGAUCUAGAUAGUGGUCUUAAUGGCGAAUGUGUAUAUCUACUAAACAAUUCAUAUUCCAACCCUUACCGGGAUAACUUUGCCGUGUCUGAAUCUGGCACAGUUUUGCUUAUGAAGUCGGUAGAUAAUUAUUCUCCCGACCACGUGUUCACCUUUGAUGUCAUAGUGAAUGAUAAAGGUACACCACCUCUUUCGUCAACCUCUGCAGUUCGACUUGUAAUUACACAGGAGGUUGUUAGUGUAGAGACAGUCACUAGUGCGCAAGUCGCAGAACAACAGGAAGUAGAUGUUGCAAAUCUUCUAGCGAGACCGGAAAUGCUUGGCAUGUUUGGGGCUGUUAUCGCUGGCAUUGUGUUCACAGCAAUAGGUAAUAUCGUCUGUUGGUUACGGUCGAAAGCUACUGGAAAGGAAAUUCCGGCUUCACAACUUAACAAGAAGACUCCAGUGCCGAACCCGCCCCUUAAGAAGCCGAAGAUGCCCCGGUCUUUCUCUAUCGACACCCCUGUGGAAGACUAUAGCUGCUGGGACGAAGUGAGUGAGAGUGGAAAAAGUAAAUUAUCCCAGACUUCCUCCGACCCCGGAGUUUCUACGUCACGUGUUGAGGUCAUUACGCCGUUUCCUCCACAUGGGACAUCGUUCCACGUGCCUUUGUCACGCACCAGGAGUAUAACCCAAUACGUGAGUCACAUGCCCGGGAGCAGCUCUGCUGGAUUUAUAUAG